AUGUCACGAAAAGGCGUCGGCAUCGGGGCCUUUGACAGGUCAAGGCUGACGUCGGCCCAUUACGCAUCACACGGCUCAUCUCUGCGCGCGAACAACGCGCAAGCCCUCGAGACACAGCUGGCCGUGUUCCGGUCUCUCCUCCAGCAGUUCGCGCAGACACACGCCAAGGACAUCCGCUCAGACCCGUCGUUCCGCGCCCAGUUCGCGCGCAUGUGUACCGCCAUCGGCGUCGAUCCCCUCUCGAGCAGCAGCAGCAGCGGAGGCGGCCCCGGGGGCUCCAUCUGGGCGCAGCUGCUGGGCAAGACGGUCAACGACUUCUACUUUGAGCUGGCCGUCCGCAUAGUGGAGAUGUGCAGCGCGACGAGAGGCGAGAACGGCGGGCUCAUUGGCCUGCGCGAGGUGCGCGAGCGGCUGUCCCUGGGCCGCGUGGACAGCUCCGGCAACAGCAGCGACAUUUCGGAGGACGACGUCCGCCGCGCCGUCGAGACGCUGAAGCCGCUGGGCGGGAGCUACGGCAUAGUCCGUGUCGGGCGCAAGGAGUACAUCCGGAGCGUCCCCAGAGAGCUGAGCAAUGACCAGGUUGCUGCCGUUGAAGCCGCCCAGGUUUUGGGCUACGUGAGUGUCAGCAUGCUUUGCGAUAACUUGAGCUGGGAGCGGGCACGCUGUCGAACAGUCAUUGACGACUUGGUGGCUGAAGGCAUGCUGUGGGUGGACAAGCAGACCGGUGGAGAGUGGGAGUAUUGGAGUCCGACGUUCAUGGUUGAUAUAGACGAAGGGCAUGCCCCCGUGGCCGAUUGA